GAAAGGAGUGGGGGAAGAAUUCCAUUUUAUAGUGACUGUUUUAUGUUUUAUUUAGUGUUAGUUGUUAAAUAAGAACAAAUCAUUGUGUUUUUCUUGCUUUAUUUAAAUAUUUUAGUGAUAUUAAGUUUAAUAAUGACUAAAGCGUAGCGAUAUGGCUUGCGUACGAACCGUGUACAACCUAAUUUCACAUCAGCAGGUGUUAGACUGACACUAGGGUCAAUUCAAAUACCUAUAUCCUGUAUAUGAACUCUUUUUCUGUUGCUGAACAGAUUGUAAUGGUAAAUUGGACAAUUUCGCUUUACUUAGGAUACGCUUAUACGACAUGCAGAUUAACUGCAAAUUAAAAAUAAGCUCUAAGAUAGAGCCAUUGGUAUGCUGUUGCGAUGGCAGGAAAACCUGACUUAUCCUCUGCCUCUGGCAUCCAAAAUGUUAUAGUAUAUGUCUCUGAUGACAAUUUUGCUCAGGCUUACUCUCUGGGACAACAAACAGUUCAAGAAUCCAAUCAUAUUGUUCAAGGUGAAGGAUAUAAUGUCCUUUCUGCACCAAAUGCUUCCCUAGUUGGACCUGUUAAGUCCUUCAGAGAGAAAUCAACUGUUAAACUUGUGGACUAUGCAGUUAAGCAACCACAGGUUGAAAAUGUUCAACAAAGGGAAUAUUACAAUAAUACAUUACCUCAGAACAGAGGUUGUACCUAUCCCCCUUUACCACAAGGUGGUUUUCCACAAAAUGAUGUCACUUUCCACAAUGGCACAUGUGAGAAUGUGGAGUUACUACAACAAGAAGAAAAACAAGCCUCUGGUGCUGUUUGUAGCACCCUCAGGGUGAGGGAAGAUUGUACUAACUGUGAUUCUUAUGUGGACCAGGACUAUACUAAGGUGCUGACGACAGAAGGGGCUAUUCAGGGUGUCUGCUAUGACACUGUUCGCCUUGAAGCUGCAGACUCCAGCUGUAGUAGUUUAAGUUCUUCAGAUGAUGGAUCACAAGUGCUCCACAACCAAUCAUCAGAAAUGGUUGUAUAUGAUCCCAGUAUUAAUGUACCAGCUGGUAAUGUAGUGCUUACUGUUGGCUCACCACUAUCACAACAUCAACAACAUCUGCAUCAACAACAAAUCCAGCAGCAACAACAACUUCAACAGCACCAGCAACAGCUUCAACAACAGCAGAUUCAUCAACAACAACAGAUUCAGCAGCAACAACAGAUUCAGCAGCAACAACAGAUUCAGCAGCAACAACAGAUUCAGCAGCAACAGCUUCAACAACAACAGCAACAUCUACAGCAACAACAGCUUCAACAACAACAGCAACAGCUUCAUCAGCACCAACAGAUUCAACAGCAAUCUUCCAGUCAAGUAGUUGAAAAUUUUGGUCCUAUACAGAGGCCUACUAUUACUGUACCUUUUGGGUGGAAGCGUUUAUUAAAUAAUGGAUCUAUUGUUUAUCUUAGCCCUAGUUCUACAGUUUUAAGGUCUCCUGAACAAAUUAAGGAGUAUUUGCUGACAGCAGGUACUUGUAAAUGUGGUUUGGAAUGCCACUUCAAGCACGAAACUGUCUUUAAUUUUGAUCCCAAAGUCAUUGGGAAACCUUAUGUAAUGAUGCCAGAUUCAAAAACUGGAAAUAUGACAAAGUUAUGCAACCACAAAAGAAAAAUAAUGCCUAUGGUAGCUUUAGAUUGUCCUCCUGUUGAUCCUAAUAUAAAGUUCCAAAGAGACCAAAAUAUGAAAAAGAAAAAGCGAAGAAUUGGUUUGCCUUAUAUGGAAGGAGUACCUGUCUCCCAGAUAAUAACUCACCGUGAAAAAGUAGCAUUGAAUCAAAAUUCUGAUAAAGAUAUAUCAACACAACAACAGAUAUUCCCUGAGUAUCCCCCAAAUAUACCACAGCAAAACCAUCUUGUAAAAUAUCAAGACCAUCAGGGUAAUAGAGUAGUCUUAGCUGACGGAACUGUCAUGGUUCAGCAAUCAAACUCCACCAACGAAUCUCAAGAGGUCCUAAAGAAUGAUCAAAUUCACCAGAUCAAUAACAUGCCUAACACAUUCAACUCACAGCCUCGCCAGGUAUUGGGCCCCAAUGGACAGAUCAUUCAAGUCCGAAGUGGAUCAAAUAAUCCUCAAGCAAAUGUGUAUCAUAUGGCACAUCCUACUGGACCUAGAAUGAUCGCCCACAUGCCAAAAGAAUCAGAAGAACAUCGCAUUUUUAUUAGUCGACAACCAAAUGAACCUACAGGACCAGGAAGGCCCCAACACAUCCAAAUAGUACGAGUUAAUGCUCCAAAUCAACAGAAAUUGGUAGAAAAUAAUCAAAUUAUAGAUAGGAAUCAACCUAAACGUCACAUGCAACCCCUCCAACCCCAAUUCUGCAAUCCCCAACAGUACCAACAGGUUCAAUUGUGUGGUCCCCAUAGGCAUAUUAGACCAUUCAAUCAGGUAAAUCCCAGUUUUAGACCUCAUAGAAUGCUUUAUCAACCUAAUCAAAUUGCUGCCCAGGCUCCUCUCCAACCCAACCAGCAGAAAAUCAACUGGCAAAAUCAAGUGCGUCGGCCUACGACUAUAGAUCAACAGAAACAUCUGGAACAACAACAAAAACAACUAGAACAGCAGCAACAUCAGAACCAACCUAAUGUUUGCGAGAGAGUACCACCGCUCUACCAGCAUACUCCUCCAUUGGCAGUAUGCCAGGAGGAAGUCAAGAGAAAGAAGGUAAAGAUGGCGAAGUUUGGCAAGAAUAGACCUUACAGAGUGGUUGAGGGAGGAUGUUCCAAUAGCCAUUUCUCAUGUCCAAACAUUGAUAUUCGUCAUAUACCUCAGGAGAAUAGGCCUGUGAUGAUGACUAAUUUUUCACAAAAUCUCAAAAGUUCCAGUCCAUCUUUUAUGGAAGACCCUAGCGGCUACCUGGCUCAACAAACAGCUUUGCUGAAUAGCACCAUCAACAGACAAACAGGUGCUGCCGGAUGUUCAGGAUACACUUGUAAUAGUCCUGGAACAAUGUGCCAGAACCCUCAGCCAUUGAAUAUCAAUAGUCCUUCAAAUUCUCCAUCCCAGGAACUACCUGCUGUGGCAAAUGAACCUACAAAUAAUCUCCUCAAAACAGCACGAGGAAAUUUCGCGAGGUUGCCUCAAGAUCCCAAUGCAUCACUUCCACACAACAAUCUGGUACAAGUCCAGCCGGGUUUCGACAGUACCAAGUCUCAUCAAUAUUGCAGGUGUUGCGUUCCUGAAGGAUUUCAACCGAAUUACCAUGUAAAAGCUCCCAAAUCUCAUGUUUCUAAUCCCGACGAUCCUGUAACGUCCUCUACGUCGUAUGACAAGCAAUUCAAUCAAAAUACAGUCGAUAUUCAGCCGAUACAAGGUGGUACUGUCAGUACCAGCAACAUUUCGCCUAUGGAAAGUACUUCCGACCCGCCAACUCCGGACCCGCCUCAAAGGAUUGUCGAAAACUCACAGAUCACCAGUACUUAUGUGACGUAUUCCAAGCCAGACCAAGAAUACCGACAGGCGAUGUGUGUUAAAUCCAGUGAGCCUGUGUGUUGCUUCCACUCACAAGCACCAAUGGUUACAACUAUGGCCAGUAGCAGAACUGUAGGCAGCAACACAAUUACUUCAGUACUUGCUGGAAGGACAAAUACUACAACAACUUCAUUGAAUACACCGUCAGGAAUGACAAGAGCAAUUGGUCACAAUACUGCCACUGUUCAGUCUCAAUCUAUGACAAAAUCUCCUCUUGAAAUGGUCCAAAGCAUCGUGAGCAGUAUCCAGAUGCCUAAUACAUCACAGAACUCCCAAAUAGGUAAACCAGAUGGUACUCAUCAAGAACAACAUAUUCUCGUAUCUUCUGGAGAACAAAUCGUUAUGGGAGGAUCACAAGAAGAUAUACAAGUACCACCCAAAGUCAUCACUAAUGAAGGUAUGCCUCCCGUUACUGUAUCACCUAUGGUAACUACUGUUACAUCAUCCGUAGGCACUGUUAUUCCAACUGUUGGUCAGCAGGUUCUUGGGCAACAAGCAGUUUUAGUAAAUGCUCUUCCAGCACCUUUCGUUCUUCAACCUGGAGUCACCAUGACUAUGGACGGUGUUCCUGUCGGCCAGAACUUGCAGCUACCCCAAUUUGUGACAGGAAAUCUCAUUCAGCAGCCUAUACAAAUUGACAACUCUGACACACGGAGGGUACCACCACUACUGUCGCCGGACACGAAGAAGAAGGGUAAAAAAAGGAAGGAAUCUGCUCAGACUGUGGCUAGUAUGUUGCAAUUCGCGACCCAACAGAGUCCCGGGGUGGUGAUUUCGCCUCAAGGGUACCCGCAGCAGAUACAGAUGAACAGCCCGCAGUCUGUGACAGCUACACCCGUCAUGCAAGCUGUGACUAUUGUUCCAAAUAAAACAGGAGCUCCAGCUCAGAUAAUAAUGAAUGAUCAAUCUAUGGCGAACUCGAAUUUGGGCACCCAGCAGCUUAUAACAAAUUCUCAAUCUCAGCAAAUUAAUUUAUUACAACCGGUUAAUUUGAUUAACAGUACCGGUGUAGUUCAAAACUUCCCGGCUAUUCAUCAGUUUAUCGUACCAAACUUGGGUGGCAUGGUCGUUAAUCCAGAUGGUACAGCCACAAUCCUUCAAGAUACUUCCAAUUUGGGCAUGCAGCUACAAUUCCAGAACGUCAACGGCCAAAAUAUGCUCACGUCAGUUCAGAAUAAUGGUCUGUUCAACAACGGACAAACUAUAUUUGCAGCUGGCCCAUCUGGGAUGGUUAUCAGAACUCCCACUUCUCAAGGGAAGAUCAUCCAGCAACAGCACAGUCCAGUAGCGCAGUUUUUGUCUCCUAAUGGGGGACAGUUUAUCAUGAACGGCUCCCAGUUCAGCGGACAGCUUAGUCCUCUUGUAGCGAGCGUGAGUCCCAACCAACAGGUGACUUUCAACAGUCCUCCACAGCAGAUCAGAUCUAGCAACUCUCUACAGCCGCCCCAACAGGAGUAUAUCCAGAUGAAUGGGCAAACUCUGAUCGUUCCUUGCAGCUUGGCUUCCAGUAUUCCCGUUUCCAAUCAGACUUCCAAUCAAAAUACUACGUUUCUGCAGCAAAACACGACGAUAGUGCAACAGCAGACUACAAUGUUGACCAAUCAGGGCUUGCAGAACUUCCAGAAUAACCAGCAAACCCAGCAAGGCGGUCCCAAACCAGCAACUUUAACUGCAGGCAUCGAAGAAGCUAGAGAAAGCCCGAAAUCAUCUAGUCACUGCAGACAGUCAGUGUCAACUCAAACGGCAGUAAAUCAGAACGUCCAGGCGAUCAUUACCAACACCUCGUGCCAGACGUCGACGAUUUCAGCCGCAAGUCCACCGGAUACAACGACCAUGAGUCCUGUUCCAGUGGCGUCCGAGAUGCAGAGUCCCAUUCUUGCCGAUACUACCACCCACACCGAUGACGGUCUCUCCCCUGUACCGUUGAGCUGUACUGCAGUAAGACACGAUAAUGUUAGAUCCGAAUCUCAAUCCUGCACCAUGGCGAUGGUCCAUUGUAUAUCGAGCAGUGAACCAGAUCCUUCAGACGGGCAGAAUCCCGAUCAUCCAGACUGGAAGCAAACCCUCCAAACCAAUAACAGUAACAUAAAUGAGACGUAUACAGGCGGUAUGGGUCAUCUUGGUAAAAUGUCAUCGUCCUCCACGCAAUUGGUAUCAGCCGAAUCGUCGUCUUCCGUCACGAGCCUUCAUUACAGCGCAUCUGAUCAGGAGCCGAUCAGCAGUUCCAAACAUUUCGAUAGAAAGAAAACGGCGGAUUGUUGCGUCGUCAUGGAAGCACAUCACGAGCAGCUGUCGCUGUUCUCCGGAGCUGGCAAUAUGCUGAACGAAACCGAGGUCGACGAAGAGAUAGAAGAUAAUGGAGAGGAUGGGGCCGGGCAAGUUAGCGAUGGAGAUGAUGACGAUGAUUCAAACGAAGGUUAUUUGGUUGGGAGUCUCCUUAUAAAUUCGUAAAGCAGCAUUAGUAGUGUCCAGACAUAUGUCCAUAUUUAUUCAUUACCUUUAACUUCACACGUAAAAAAUGUCCUUAACUGUUUUCAUUGUAGUUAUUUAUAACAAACGAGCAAUGCAGGGAAUCCAGAAAAUAUCAAAUGAGAUUUAUCUCAUUUUAUACAUUCACAUCCAUUCUCAUAUUUGGACGACAUAUUAUGUUACUUUAUGGUGCAUCAAUGGAAACAGACAGACAGUUUAGACAAAUAUAGAUUGCAUCUGUAGCAUCCAUUUUUACCAGGAAACAGGUAUGAGAGGAGAAUCACAGGACAACAAACAUAUUAAGCAGAAUCUCAGAAAAACAACGAUAAUAGAAUGUAUAAGAACUUUAAACAGAAACAGAAAUUUAAUGGAAGGACAAAAUGAUUUAUUCAGAUCUAGGCAACGUACUAGAUCAUAUUUAUACCCUUUUAAUUAUUAAACACAAUAUUAAGGAAUAAAGAUUUAAAUUUAUAUAUCCUCAAGAAUAUGUAAGUUUUUAUUUAUACAGGGUGUCCCGGAAAAUUGUGCGUUCCUUUAAGGAAUGGAUAGAAUGCAUAAUUUAGAACAAAAAAGUCCUAUACUUACCAUUUUUUCUAAAGUUAACCGUUUCAAAAAAAAAAAGAGAUUACAUUGUGUUCCAUAUACCUGUAUUUUAUUGUUUAGAAAUUUAAAUAACCUGGCAACAUCGUACACACUACGGAAUAAUAACAGAUAAUAAGAACUCAUUUGUGAUUUACAGUAUUUAAAAUAAUCCAACCUAAUAGUACUUAUGUAUUUACUGCUUGUUUACUAAAAUUUUUUUUUUGAAUUGUAUUGAAAUACCUAUGGCAUAAUUAUAAACGAAUUAUACAUCUUUUAACAUAAAAACACAUCUUUUAACUGAACUAGUAUUAUGUAUUUAGUAAGCUUUAAAUGUGUUGAAUGCUGAGGGCUUUAACUGAAUUACAUAGUUUACAGUGGAACUUAAAUACACCAGAUAAUGUAUCAGUACCUAAUUUGUUUACUUGUGAACUAAAAUAAUUAAGUUGUACUUACUUGAAAAUAAUUAUACCUAAUAAAUGUCACGUGCCCUUUCACGAACACAUGCAUUCAUAUGAAGAGAAAUAGGCAAAGCAUUUUGAAAGAAAUUAUAGUAUGCCUCUCCAUUUAGUGAUCUGCCAUAAAUAAUCAACAUAAUAACAUAAUAGGUAAUGAACUAACGAUUCGAAAACAUUUUCGGCAUUGACACUAAACAGGAUUCUUCCAAACUAUCUGUUUACUAAACAUGGGACUGUCUGCGUUUAAAUUUUCGUACCUAACAUAGUUGCCAGAUUUUAAUUUGCAUACCAAAAUGUAUUUUAAUUUGUUGGUCAAAUGGUUGCAUAUAAGAGUUUUUUUGUUCUACAUAGUGCCCUCUACCUAUACCUUAGGUCUAAUAUACCUUAUAUUAAUAGCAUUGCUGCCCUCCCCCCCCCCCCCCGCCCACUGAUAUACUUGUUGCAAUGACAGCUGACAAAGAAGAUGUAGCAGAUGACACUAGAUGGAUGUAAGUGAAGAAAACUCAGUUGAACAUGACUUAUUUUUGCUUCCACAGCUAUACUUUCUUCUAAAGAUUGUAUUGCUGAUUCAGUACAUUGUAUAGUUGGCUUGGUGAUGUUUUGAGGAUUUCCUGCUUUCGUUUCCUAUUCAUUGUUUUCAGUUGGAAUACUAGGAGACCAGUGUUCUAGUCGCUUUCUUAUCUAAAAUACUAAAAUAUAGUAAGAGUUUUUGUAUCUAUAUGGUAAAACAAAAUAGAUUUGUAUAAUUGAUUUAGGUAUGAUGUAAAAAAUCGUAGAUAAGACAUACACAUUCGUUUAGAUA